AUGUUUAAUUUGAUGGCUAUGCUAAUAAUAAAGUAGAAUUAAAACUAUUUGAAAGUCUAAAAUUACAUAAUGCUAGUCACAUAGAAAGCCUAACUUUAAAAUGUGACAAAGACAAAGGAUAUUUAAGCAACGAUCUUGUUAGUAAAAUAGUUAAAAAAUUAACUAAAUUGUAUUCCUUAACCAUACAUGUUUAGACAAUGUAAACAUAAUUUCUAAAAUAAUUGUUUUUAGAUCUACCUUCUCUUCAGUGUCUCGUAAUUACAUAAAGUAAUCCAUAGGAAAAAUAAGUAGCUUAAAACUUAGAUCCCAAUAUUUUUUUUGAGGCAAAUUAUUUAACCUUUUUCAAAUAUGGUUGCUUGA